CGCAUCGCAGCCUGCGCGCCUGUGACUGCUAGAAAAACAAAGGCAGGGAUCCUCGGCUGGGAGAGAAGUCAUCAGUCAUCUUUAAUGCAGGAAACAGACUCCAGACUGUCUAUGGUGCUAUUCUGCGAGCGGAGGAGACGCGGCAUCAGUGUUUCUGCUGCUCUGUGAGUGAACGCGACUGAAUCGUCUUUCGAGAAUCCACAGGUUCCUGUUCUUCAUCAUCAUCUUCAUCAUCUCGCCCUCUGUCGUGGUGUGUGUGAGUUUGUGUGUGUGUGUGUGUGUGUGUGUGUGUGCGCAUGGACCCGGACUGAAUGACAGCACCUGUGGGCGAAGGAGCUGUUGCAUCACACCUCACCACGGACUUGUUUAUUUCACCGAGUGGAGGGAACAAUGGAGUUUAGUUGUUUCUCGGUGGAUGAUGAAAUGCGAGCCGGGUGCUUGUCGGAGGACUGAAAUUCACUCUUGCGUUAAAACUCUAUUUUUCUCCACACGUUGUACUUUGACAUCCUGGUUUUUUUUGUUGUUGUUGUUUGGAUUUUCCACCCGCGCGCAUCUGCCGAGGAGAGGCGCUGUCCGUGGUUCUGAAGUCACCUCCUGGAAACUUCCACCAAAAGAACCAGAAAGCCCCAGAAAGGACCUGUGUGCACCAGCAGCUUAAUAUGGUAACUCAACCCAGAGUUCAGCUGCACACUUUGGCACUUUUGCUUUUAGUUGUCCACCUAGGCCAGCCAGUAUGUGUCGAAGUCCCCUCGGCGACAGAAGCCGUCCUGGGGAAAUCCAUGCUGUUGACCUGCAUCUUCUGUAUGAAGAGGGAGGAGCUCAAACCAAAGACACAUGUGAAUUGGUACUACAAGCCAACAAAUGACAUCCCAACAGUUCAUAUAUACAACUAUGAGAAACGCAUGCUAUCACCACAGGCCGGACAAUUUAAGGGCCGUCUUACCUGGAAGGGGAGCUACGACUUUCAAGAGGUCUCCAUUCAAAUCCAUAAUGUCACCUUCAAUGACAGUGGUAUUUAUGAGUGCCACGUGACGCGCGAGUUCAAGGACUUCAUUCCCCCUUCGAACUUCAUGAAGAACAUCACGCUGAAGGUGAAAGAGAAAGCACUUUCUUCUGUUGUCAGUGAAGGGAUUAAUUCAAACCAGCUUCUUUGCUAUCUAUUAAGAGGGGUAAUGUAUUCUGCUUCCUGGAUGCUUGGCUUGCUGGAUGUGUCACAUUCCAUCAUUGAUCGAAUAUACAAUACAACAUGUAUAUUUGGAGCAACUUAACUCUUCCCAUUCCUUUAUGUAACAUCUUGAUCUGCUUGCAAGAGGUAGUUGAUUAUCAGAGGUCGUUUACAAAGCAGGGUUUGUUUCAUAUUUAGAGGAAAAAACAAGCUUCUAUGAAUCCUCCAAAGUCUAUAAAAUGUACAACUGUUUGAUUCCUUUAAUACUUACUCUAAAUAAAAGCCUCUACUUCUACAUCUCAUACAACAGUGGCAUCAAAUUUCACAGAGCCUUUACAGCCAGUGUAUUGUACAUCAUAGCCUGGGAAUCAUGUUACGGUAACGUUGCCCAUAGAAGUAAAAUGGAUUUGUUCACGACAAACAUAUCUCUGCUUUUCCCAUCUAAGGGGUUAUAUUACACUAAUAGGGUCUAUUUGCAGAGGCUGCAGAAUCAAAUCGGUGGAAGCUGUCAGCCGUCUGGUCAGCAGGCUCUGUGGUAUUUGGUACACACUCAACGGUAGGGUGGUUCACGGUGGCUCGUAAUGACAUUCAAAUUAAAUGUAUUAAAGCACAGGUUUUAUUUUUUCCAAAUGUGAUUGUAAAAUAUAGUCACAUGCUCGUAUGUACAUGUCAAACUGUUUUGCAACGCUGUAAUAAUUUCUCCUGUUCAUACUGGGCAUUGAGAGAAAUCCACAGUCCUCUUUCUGUGUGUAAUUUCCUAUUUCUGUUGCUCACUCACUGUCUAAAGAGGGUGUUUCAUACUGUUUUAACAUUGGGUGUUUGCCAUUUCGUUUAAUGAGCUCCUGACUGCUGGAGCUUCAUUUUAACUUAACUUUGGAAUAUUUGCACAGAACAAGGACUGUAAUUUGCCCCCUCGACUACUUGGAGGCUUGUUGAAAAGAAUGAGCAGGAGGACGGUUUGCAGCCAGCGGAACAGCUUCAGCAGGCUUAUGAGUAGUGAUUUAAGACAGACUUGAAAGUUUAAACAAAUGCAAUAAUAAAACUUCAUGAAUUAGUUAGAAUGUUAUUACCCUUAUCCUUGCACACAUGAAAUCAGAAUAUGACCUAAAACAUGAGGUGGUUAUAUGUAAAUGUAACAUCUGUGCCCUGAGAACCACUGUGACCUUGCAUAUUCCUCUUAUUUCAUAUUUAAAGGUACUUUGUGGAGUUUUAGUAGUAGUCUUAAAUCGAGCAGUGUUUUUACAAGUGGAAAAAUUAUAUACAUGUGUAUGUUUAUGUAUGGAUACAUGUGUACAAGUAGUUUCAUGCUUCUCUGCUGAUUGACAGCUGUUAGCACAACAACAUAAAAUAUGUACCAAUGCAGCAGCAAAGACAGUAAAGAACAAGACUGCUCAUGAGUAAAGAUGGAUGUAAAGUUGACUCCGCCAUGUUAGUACAUGCUGGUUUAGUUUAUCCCAAAAAAACUCCACAAGGCUCCUUUAACUCAGUAUAGGCUCUACUAUUGUUAUAACACAGGUAUAGUCAUAAUGUUGGGUAUGCAACAAAGUUUGUACAUCAUUUUUUAAAUAUGACAAACAGGAAGUUCACCCAGAAAACAUGACUUUGCUUCAAGGUCAGCUGCAUAGUAAAAACUUUAUAUUGAGUUGCACUUUCCAUUCAGCAAAAUGAUGUAGAAAUAAUUGUUGUGACUGAGUUUAUCUUGGGUCAGCAGUGUUGCACAUAAAUGAACAUGAUUAGCAUGACCUCCUUAAAUCCAUGAAUAAAUAAUUCUGCCCUACUCCAUUCAACAACAACAAAAUCAAAAACCAUUCAGAGGAGGGAUGCAUAUUGAAUAAUACAUGUUGGUU